AUGUCAGAAUCAGGGGAAAUUACUAUCCACCGCUUUUCAAUAAAAUCUGUUUUUGUUGCAUCUCUCAUCGGCGACCUGGAAGAAAGGGGAAGACAUUUCCACUUGAAUGAGCUCCGCUUACGAGCUACGAAGUUGCAAAUUUCUUACUCAUUGACUUUCAAAAAAUGGGCUACUACUGGAGCACUAAAUCACCGAGACAAUAUAAAUGAUACUUCCGCGGAAAAGGAAGCAAACCUAAAAGAAGAGGAUAUAACUUGUUGCACAUCUCAAAUGGCCGGUGACCUCGCAUCAAUGUCCUCGUCCGAGGGAUCCACUUAG